GAGGAAUUCUGCAGCUCUUCUACCAUUCUGCCUAGCCAGCAUUGCUUUGGCGCCCAAUCAAUCGGGCCAAGAUGGCGCAAACGUGGGAACAUGAUUCUCCUUGCGGCUGAUCAUUCCUGUUCUGAUUGCCAGCCGUUGUUUCACAUUUAUCCGAGGGCGCGAGUCAAGAAACAGAUAUAUAGUAAGGCGGCCACGCAUGAUGCUGUUUCUUCAGGCGAAUUGAUUUCCGGCCCCUCCUACCUGGACUGUAGUGAUAUCGACUCCGCGUCUGUUGACUGCGUGCCUUUCGUUCUUAUUCUCUCAUUACCCUACUUUCGCUUUUCUGGAAUUAGCGUUGACGCCUGCACCGUACCCAUCAGCACCUUAUCCAACAUCCAAAUCCAUCUUACUACGAUACCACAAUGCGUUCCUUCAUCUUGAUGGCCGUUAUGGCUCUCUUGGCUUUCGUCUCCGCCAUGCCGAUCACACCUUCGGCUCCCCAUCUGUCCAAGCGCGCUGAGCAACUCCGACUUGAGGGUUUGCGCGAGUUUGACAUUGCCGAGCGCCUCUCAGCACCAAUCGUCGACUCUGACCAAUUCGAACCCUUCAUGACUCGCUUCCACAACAAGCUUUCUGCCAUGAUCGACUCGUUGGCAGGUGCAGACGAGGAAGCCUUCGACGUUGAGGGCGACGUUGCACCUGGGUCGGUCGAGGCUCCUCAGAUGCUCCCCAAGGCCAGCACACGUGGAUCCAGCAUUUACCGAUCAGUAUGCGCACUCUUCCACGGUGGCGAGGAUGACUUGGGCUACGAGGGCAAGGAGCUGCAAUGGCGCAGGCCUGAGGGCAUGAAGCACUGGGGCGGAGGUCACUAAACCAUGGUCGUUCUGGUCGCUCGUUUACUUGCUCAUUAUCAUUCUUAUCUGAUAGAAGAUACAAUGCAAUACCCAUCAUGUCACAUCCAUGAUGCGGAUCCAACUUG